AUGGCUACAGCACCUAAAAUGAUAUUUCCUCCUAAAAGGUUCAAGAAUUGGGGUGGCCAAGACCCUCAAAGAACUGCUGAAGAUUUGGCUUAUUCCAUUGCACGCUUUUUCCAAGCUGGUGGUGUUUUCACUAACUAUUAUAUGUAUCAUGGAGGAACCAACUUUGGGCGCUCAACAGGAGGUCCAUAUAUUACAACAACCUAUGAUUAUGAUGCACCACUUGAUGAAUAUGGGCUUCCAAAUCAGCCUAAAUAUGGACAUCUGGCUCAACUUCAUGCUGCUCUUAAGUCAGUGCAGAAGGUUCUCACUAGCACCAAACCAACACACCAGCGUGUUGGAAAUCAAGUUAACUUGACAACAUUUCUUAACAAUGCUACGGGAGAAAAGGUCUGUUUCUUGAGCAACAUAAAUGCAGGACAGGAUGCCAACAUCGACUUAAAACAGAAUGGCAAGUACUUUGUGCCUGCUUGGUCUGUUAGCAUUCUUGCUGGAUGCAACAAGGAAAUUUACAAUACUGCAAAGGUUAAUACUCCAACAACUGUGAUGGUUAAGGUACCAAACAGGGCUGAAAAACAAUCUGCCCAGCUCUCCUGGACAUGGACAGUGGAGCCCAUGUCAGACACCCUCCGCGGACAUGGACAAUUUAAUGCAAUGAAGCUUCUUGAGCAAAAGGAGACAACUGUAGAUGCUAGUGACUACUUGUGGUACAUGACAAAGGUUGACAUGAAUGACACUUCGAGCUGGACCAAUGCAAAUCUGCUUGUGAACACAGCAGGCCAUGUACUUCAUGCCUAUGUCAACCAAAAACUUAUUGGAUCCCAAUGGGGCACGGGAGAAACAUAUAACUUCACGUUCCAAAAAAAUGUCAAACUUAAAAGCGGGACUAAUGUUAUAUCUUUGCUCAGCGCCACAGUUGGACUGCAGAACUAUGGUUCAUUUUUUGAUUUGUCGCCUACUGGAAUAGUUGGGGGCCCAGUUAAGUUGAUCAGCAACAAAAACGUUAUUAUGGAUUUAUCCACAAACCAAUGGUCAUAUAAGGUUGGACUGAAUGGUGAGGCCGAAAAACUCAUGGACGCUGGUUGUCAAUUACGCCAAGCAAUUAAAUGGUCCACAGAUGGACUUCCCAUAUUGAAACCCAUGACUUGGUAUAAGACCACCUUCCAGGCUCCAUUAGGUACAGACCCUGUUGUGGUGGACUUGCAGGGCAUGGGGAAGGGGCAUGCUUGGGUGAAUGGUCUAAGUAUUGGGCGCUACUGGCCCGCUUUCCUUGCUCCUGAAAAAGGAUGUAAUGACAGUUGUGACUACCGCGGAGUUUAUAGUUCAGACAAAUGUGUGACAAAUUGUGGCAACUCUAGUCAGAGAUGGUACCAUGUCCCAAGAUCAUUUCUCAGAAAUGACAAGAACACUUUAGUUUUGUUCGAAGAAAUAGGUGGAAACCCAACACAAGUGGCUUUCCAUAGUGUCACAAUUGGAGCUGUUUGUGGAACCGCAUACGAGGGGAGCACAUUGGAAUUGUCAUGUCAAGGUGGGAAAACCUUAUCGAGUAUCCAAUUCGCCAGCUUUGGGGAUCCUAAAGGAGCUUGUCAGUCUUUUAGUAAAGGCUCUUGUGAGUCUGCUACGGGCAUGUCUGUUGUUCAAAAAGCCUGCACUGGAAAAGAGAGAUGCUCUAUUAAUGUUAAUGAAGGAACACUUGGAACAAGCAACUGUGCCAACAUCAUCACUAGAAGGAUGGCAGUGCAGGCUGUUUGCUCAUGAGGACACCCUGUAUAUACAGAGUAUUUCUCUCUCUCAUUUUCAAUUUUCUUUUCCGAAUCUCCCAAACCAAGUGUAUAUAGGAAAUGAUAUAACGUGUUCUAUAAAGCAAACAAAUUAUAUCAGUCGGACCUUUGUCAGGUAUAUAACAGUAAACAUAUCUAGGAAUAUUUGAAAAUGUCAUUCUUCUUUUUAUGAGAGAGGUUUGUUUGCCUGACCUAUCCUCUCAGGUCGUGAGAGAUUUUGCUAGGUUAGAUUUUUUGCUUGCUGUAGUUUUGUAAUCUUGUUGCCUUUUGUGGCCAUUCUAAUUCGUAUGCAUCUCUUUUGUAUUAAAUGAAGAUUACUAUAUUGGCUUUGCUCUAUGGCUAACAUAGAUUUUCGAUCUGAUGAGCAGGAACUUAUUGAUUGAAGUAAAAACAAG